AUGGUCGUUCCAGUACCGCCCGGGGGUCCGUCGGUGCAGACAUUUGGGCUGACGUACCAGUUCCCCGACCGGUCGACGGGCGUGUCGGACAUCACGCUGGACCUGCCGCCGCGAUCGCGCACGCUGCUGAUCGGGGCCAACGGCGCCGGCAAGACGACGCUGCUGCGGCUGCUGGCCGGCAAGCGGCUGGCGCCGGCGGGGGCUAUCCGCGUCGGCGGCGUCGACCCCUUCAAGGACGGGCUCGAGGGCGUCACGUACCUGGGGCUCGAGUGGGUGCUCAACGCCAUCGUGCGCACCGACAUUGGCGUCGACGAGCUGCUGCGCUCCGUCGGGGGCGACUACUACCCGGCGCGGCGCGACGAGCUGGUGGCGGUCCUCGACAUCGACACGGCUUGGCGCAUGCACGCCGUCAGCGACGGCGAGCGCCGCCGCGUCCAGCUGGCCAUGGGCCUGAUCCGCCCGUGGACCGUGCUGCUGCUCGACGAGAUCACCGUCGACCUCGACGUGUGGAGCCGCUCGCAGUUCCUAGCCUUUUUGUACCGCGAGACGGAGCUGCGCGGCUGCACCGUCGUUUAUGCUACCCACAUUCUCGACAACCUGGCCGGGUGGCCCACGCACCUCGUGCACAUGCACAUGGGGACUGUCAGGGGCUGGGGCCCUGCCGACGAGCUGCUGCGCGCCGCCGAGGAGGAGGCCGCUGCCGCGCCGCCCCAGCCCGGCGACGACGUGCUGCUAGCCUCCGGGAACAGCCGCCUCGGCCAGCUGGUCCUGCGCUGGCUGCGCGACGACCUCAAGGUCCGUGGGCCCCGGAGCCAGAACCGCCGCGGUCCCGAGGGCCGCAGCUACACGACUGGCGGCAUUGGUGGCUACGGUUUCGAACCAAAGGCGCCGUCGUCGUAG